AGGACCAACUGCCCGCUGGUUUCCCCACCAUUGACAUGGGCCCCCAGUUGAAAGUGGUAGAGCGAACUCGCACGGCCACCAUGCUCUGUGCCGCCAGCGGCAACCCUGACCCAGACAUCUCCUGGUUCAAAGAUUUCCUGCCCGUCAACACCACCAACAACAACGGACGCAUCAAGCAGCUCAGAUCAGGUAGGGUGUCACUGCCGCCACUGGAACUAAACCGGGAGUACUAUUUUAUAUUUGCACCCCAAUCCCUUCUGUUUCUGUUCUCUCGUUCUCCUCCUCCUCUUCUUCUUCUUUGGCUUUGAUUUAGUAGGUAAUGGCAUUGUUUCUACUGCUGCUUCCUCCUCCUCAACUGUGUGUGUCCUGGUGUGGCUCGUCUGUUCCUCCCACCCCUGUCUCCGGUUUUGUCAUGGCUCUGUCAAUUAUCUCCAUGUUUGUUGCCGCUUCAGUCUGACUCUCAUUGCUCACUGCUGUGACUGUUCUUCUGACGAGUUUCUUUUCUUUUGGUUUAGUUGAUUCCCUUUGACUGCCUCGGUGCAGUGUUUGACGGAUCCAUUCUCUUCUUUUGAUUUCCUCACUUCUUUUUCACUUGAUUUCUCUUAAACAAUUAAUAUUCAACAUUGGGCUUCAUUCAGAACUUGCAAAUGAGAACCCGUGGUUUUUAGCAAAUGAGUUUAUUUUUAAGACUGCAAGAGAAAAUUGCAGAACGGAGUGAGUAGGCAGACAUUUAAGCUAUUUCCUUUCUAAUUCUUUGUCCCUUUGGUUGUGAUUUAACAACAAAAGGUCAUUUCAAACUAAUAGUUGUACUAAAACAGAAAAGAAAAGCUAGCCGAACUUCGAUGAAGGCAACCUUUCCUUCCGGAAUGUUUUCCGGCCAUAAGUAGCCACAGUAGUGUGUGAGAAUUGUGUCUAGCUUUCCCAGUCCCUUGACUCUCUCUGAAUAUACUCACUGCUUUUCCACGUAGACUCCAGCUUUCGCUUCCCAAUGCCUGUGGCUUAUUCCCAAUACUUCCUCAUCCUGAUUCCCUGAAUAUUCAAAGUUUCCUUUUGAUACUGUAUAGCAUUAGAAAUUCAGAAUCCAUCAGAUAUAUGCUUAUCGUUACUUAACUCGUAGUUUGGCUAGCAAUAUUUGCUAAUAGCAAGCUGUUUAAGAUUUUGCACUACUUCUGGUACACUUAGUCUUCUAUGUUUGACCACCUGUCUUCCCAGAUUCCACAGCUGUCCUUUGUUAAAUUGUCUUGUUAACCCUCCUUUGCCUUGUUGUUGUCAACAGAAACUGUAAAUUAACACUUUUUUUUAUGUGCGACUUUCAUUCUCCUGUGACGUAGAGUUGAUAAAGCUUUAACUCUGACAAAAAAAAAUGUAACUAAACCUAAGGAAUAUAAUCAUAUUUUUAUGCUGUCUUUCUUCUCUCCGUAUUUAAAUCUACAGAGUCCUUUGGUAAGUGCUUAAUUCUGAAGCACACUUCACUCCCCACUAAUUUUUCUUCAUGUUAUAACUAUUAAUAAAAUGCAUGGCAUGCAUUUUACUAACAGUUAGUGUAGACACACAGAUAACCCUAGUGGCACACAUAUACUCCACCCCCCCCCCCCCCACCCCCCCCCAAAAAUAAAUAAAUAAAAAUAAUAAUAAUUGUUUUCCUAUAAGCCAUAUAGGCGCAUUUUCCAGAGCACACACAUUUCACCCAGCUUAAGCCCAGUAUAUGCCAUAUCCACCACCUUUGUAAUAUAACCUACCUAUCUAGCCUCACUGUAUGGUAUCCUCUCACUCAAUACCUCACCCACUCACCCACCUACCUACUCACUUACUCACUCACUCAAUCCUGUAUAGCCUACUAGCAUUAUAGAGAUUUAAGCAGAUGUUUAACGAUUACUAGGAGGUCAAGCUAAAGGGUUCCAAGUCUAUUAAAUGAGUCUCUUCCCUCUCAUAUUCAAAUGCCUCCAAGCCUUCCCUUCAGUAGAUGGUCUUCAGAAGCCAUGCCACUUCCAAAAUGGCUGCUCCCCUGUGGCACACCACUGCACAAAGUUCUCUGACCUUCUCUGACCUAUGAUACCUUCCUAUGAUGAAUCCUGUCUUUUUUUUACCAAUAGAGUAGAGUUCUCUCUCUUUCUAUCUCUCUCUCUCUUUCUCCUUUCUCUUUCCUCUAGUACUCAUUAUUUACGUACUCUGAUAAGUCUAAUUUGAUUCUUCUUCCAAAGCCCCAAGACUCUAUCUUCUCGUACUAAUGCUUCUUCUUUCUAAUCUUAUUUGCAUUCAUAUUAUCCACCCAGGUGGUACACCAAUAAGAGGUAAGAGUGCUGAACUGACGUUCACAGAAUGAACAAAGCAACUUCAUUCUUGCUGUCGUCCCAUCCAUCCGCCCGUCCGCCUCCAUUUUUGUCCUGUUUCCCGACUCCGAAUCCCAUUUCAUUCCCAUGAUCGACUUUCCUUUUUAUUUGUCCUGUUCUGUUGACUUCAUCCAAUCUCCAUUUUUUUGUCUAUACUUUACUUCCUCCUUUGAAUUUUGAUUUGUAGAGCCUUUUUCAAAAAACUCAGUUGUGAUAUGCUUGCUCCGGCUCAAAGAAGCAUAUCCAAUGACAACUUAUUUUUUUCGAACUCAAAUUUGUAUUUCAUUUUUUGGUUUAAUUUUUGGCCAUAGCGACUCAUGUGUCCCUCUUUUUGUCCAACUAAAACAACCAAACAUUUUUCCCCCUAGCUGCUCUUGUUCAGCACUAAAAUUAUGCACAGAUGCUGUGGAAUCACGCAGGCAUGCUGAAGACAACAUUGGCUUUCCUCUGCUUUUUUCUCCCAAAGAACUCUUUCUGUCUUUGCAAGUCUAUUUUUUUAUUUAUUCUAUUUGCUUUCCUCUCCUGUACCUUCUGUAAAAAAAUAAAGUUUAAAAAAGCCCAAACAACUACUUUUUUGAUAAAGUUUCUCCGGGUGCUUUUUUCUCUUUCACCUAUUUUUCUUACUUUUCUUGGGUUUGAAGGCUAUUUUGCUUUUUGACGUUUUUUUUAUUCUUCAAGGUUUGGGGAAGGCAAACAGUUGAGUCUGGCGAGGACCUGGCAGGUCAAUUUUUGCCGUUUGGGAGUUGGAGAGUGAUUGAUGCAUAAGCCAUUUUCCCUCUGGUCAUAUGACACCACACUGCGAAUCCCAUUGGUGGAUUUUUAUGGGUGUCUUUUGUAGCUUUCACAAGCUAACGCAGUCAGUGGUUGGUUGCCUUCUUGUUGGCUCAAGGCCAUCAUUUUGAAUUUUGUCUUCUAAUACAAUUGCAUUUUAUUUUUCAGCUAAGGGUUGUCAAAAGGUUGUAAGUUGUGCCGACAUACAUUUCUUGCUCUUUGGAAAACAUCUGCAUGUCAAACAUUUUGUGACAGAGGGUGAUAUAUUGGUAAUACGAUAUUAUGAUGAGUAUUUUUUAAACAUAUCUCAGCGGCAUUUUUCCCCCCCGUUUUUUGUAAGUGCAGCAUUUUUCUAACCGACUUUGACUGGGUGAAGUCCUAAAUCAUUUGAUUGAUAUUGGAUCUGUGAUUGAAUAUGCUAAAAUUCAUACCCAAAUUUAUUGUUUUAAUUGUCCUCCCUUGUUAUGCUACUUUUGUAUACUGUAAACCUCUUUUGUUUGAUCCAUGCUUCCUUGAAGCAGUGUCACUCAUCCCCCAUAUUGACAGUCCAGUGAAAUGUUGUACAUUGCAGGGCUUGCCCCUAUCCCUCAAAGUUGAGCUAUGCUAUGACAUAUUUUAACACUGGCCUUAAAGUUGAGUGCCUUUUUAGACCCUGCAACAUGUAUGUAGGUUUGUUUGUAUCCCCUGAUGUCAAUAAUGAGGUAAAUAUUAAAUAUUUUUCCAUGGUUGUUAAAUGUACAUUCUUUCCCCUAAGAUUUCUGUAGGCCUGACAGUAUAGCAAUCUGACUGCAACUAUCCAUGAUUACUAUAAUACAAAUGUAUUUUGCUAAUAAUGACAGAAUAUACGUAAUAAAGAUGUCUCAUAUUUAAUACAUCAGACUAGGGGAAUGUUAGGGGAAAAUCUGUCAAGUUACAAGAAGAAUGCCUAUUUGCUCAACAAAUAUGGUUGUGUUGGUCAAUGGUAAAGUGAACUAUCCUCUGUGCAAAUGAUCCCUACAGAUACAAAAAAUCCCUCUACGCUAGUUACAACGGUUGCCAAUUUUACUCUGUACCCUCAUCGAUUAAAAAAAAGAGCAAGUCUAGGAGUGAGGGGGCCACAAUGACAUGUUGGCCCCUGAGCAGUCUAAAAGAGCAAGUCUAGGAGUGAUGGGGCCCCAAUGACAUGUUGGCCCCUGAGCAGUUUUACAACAAGCAAGUUUUUUAAUGAUUGUCAACUCAAUUCAAUAUGGCAGACACUUAACCAAUGGUGUCCGGCACCUAUUUUCUGUUCCCACGCAGGGGCCCUCCAGAUUGAGCAGAGCGAAGAGUCCGACCAGGGGAAGUACGAGUGCAUCGCCACUAACAACGAUGGAACCCGCUAUUCUGCCCCCGCCAAUCUAUACGUUAGAGGUAGGAAAGCAACAAUCAAACAAAAACGGUAUUCACCUUUGGAAGAAAACAUUUAAGUGGUAUAUUAUGGUAUGGUAUAUUAUAAUACAACUGGUGAGAUGGGUGUCGAAACUGGGUAAUUCUGGGUACUGGAGUUACGGAUCCAGUCCAGAGGUCCAUGUCCAAUGAGGUACUUGUAAGUAUGGCUGUUUUGUUCUAUUAGACCUACCUGCACUGAUUUGAACCUGUGUGUUCUGUUUUGUGUUUUUCUGUUCUUUUCCCUAAGUCUAAAUCCAAUGACUUGACUGCUUGGUGUGUUUAACCUACUAAUUGACUUUUACUCCUAAAUGUACCUUGAGGGGAAAUGGGUGGACAAUCCCUCCACCAAUCCCAUCUAUUCAUAGUAGCAGAUCCUCUCUGAUCUGAUUUCUCUUCUUCUCUUUUGAGCAACAUUGGAAGGACACCUUUAACUCUCAUCUCUCUUUGUCAAUACAGUUUUAAAAGUGCUGAGAUUAUAUUAAAUAGUAUUUGUAUGUAGUUAUCAUUAAAUAAUUAAUUUUAACGACGUGUUGAAAAUUACCAAAAUUUUAUGUCUAUGAUUUAGUGUUGAUAGCAUCAGCACAUACAUAUAUUUCCAGUUUUUCUUAAAGGUGAUAAUUAAUUGAUAGGUAACAUUGUGUAUUGUGGCUUUCACAACACAUUCUUGAGCUAUCACAAAUGUUUGUUCCAAUUGUCAUGAACUGUCCUGAGGUUCGGCCUGUCACUUUCUAUGUGAAGUCACAUUACAUAGUUAAAGUCCAGUGGAAUAAAUGUUAUUGUGUGUUUUUUGUAAAUGCUCUACUGAAAAAAUGAAGGUCUUAUGUGAUGCCAUGUCCAUUGCUACCUUUUCAUAAAGAUCAGUUGUUAAACAGCAAUGGAUAUAAUUUUUUCAUUUUAAAUGAAAUAGUUUUUCAUUAAUUUAGUAUGAAUAUUUUAAUUGACAGCUGUAGCUAUUUUUCUUUAAAAACUAAGAUCUAUGAUUCUGUCCGAGUCUUGUGGUUUGCAGUGUCAUCACAGAUCAUCAAUUUAAAACACAGUCAAUGACAAUACUUAGAAUGCUGAAAAAAUAUGAACUAAUUCAUAUUUUAUUGUGUGGAACAAACUGAAAGUGGAUAUUGACCAAAUAAAUGCACAGUGAUGUCUUUCUGGAUAUCAUAUUAUGACUUUUUGUAUUGCUCAUAUUUUCAACAUGCAGAACAUUUGUAUGUAAAACCCAACCUACGUACAGUUGAAGUCAGUUUUUCACAAUUCCUGACAUUUAAUCCUAGUAAAAAUUCCCUGUUUUAGGUCAAUUAGGAUUACCACUUUAUUUUAAGAAUGUGAAAUGUCAGAAUAAUAGUAGAGAGAAUGAUUUAUUUCAGCUUUUUUUCUUCAUCACAUUCCCAGUGGGUCAGAAGUUUACAUACUCAAUUAGUAUUUGGUAGCAUUGCCUUUAAAUUGUUUCACUUGGGUCAAAUGUUUGGGGUAGACUUCCACAAGCUUCCCACAAUAAGUUGGGUGAAUUUUGGUCCAUUCCUCCUGACAGAGCUGGUGUAACUGAGUCAGGUUUGUAGGCCUCCUUGCUCGUACACUAUUUUUCAGUUCUGCCCACACAUUUUCUAAAGGAUUGAGGUCAGGGCUUUGUGAUAGCCACUCCAAUACCUUGACUUUGUUGUCCUUAAGCCAUUUUGCCACAACUUUGGAAGACCCAUUUGCGACCAAGCUUUAACUUCCUGACUGAUGUCUUGAGAUGUUGCUUCAAUAUAUCCACAUAAUUUUCCUUCCUCAUGAUGCCAUCUAUUUUGUGAUGUGCACCAGUCCCUCCUGCAGCAAAGCACCCCCACAGCAUGAUGUUGCCACCCCCGUGCUUCACGGUUGGGAUGGUGUUCUUCGGCUUGCAAGCGUCCCCCUUUUUCCUCCAAACAUAACAAUGGUCAUUAUGGCCAAACAGUUCUAUUUUUGUUUCAUCAGACCAGAAGUAUGAUCUUUGUCCCCAUGUUUAGUUGCAAACCGUAGUCUGGCUUUUUUAUGGCGGUUUUGGAGCAGUGGCUUCUUCCUUGCUGAGCGGCCUUUCAGGUUAUGUCGAUAUAGGACUCGUUUUACUAUGGAUAUAGAUACUUUUGUACCUGUUUCCUACCAGCAUCUUCACAAGGUCCUUUGCUGUUGUUCUGGGAUUGAAUUGUACUUUUCGCACCAAAGUACGUUCAUCUCUAGGAGACAGAACGCGUCUCCUUCCUGAGCGGUAUGACGGCUGCGUGGUCCCAUGGUGUUUAUCCUUGCGUACUAUUGUUUGUGCAGAUGAACGUGGUACCUUCAAGCGUUUGGAAAUUGCUCCCAAGGAUGAACCAGACUUGUGGAGGUCUACAAUUUUUUUUCUGAGGUCUUGGCUGAUUUCUUUAGAUUUUCCCAUGAUGUCAAGCAAAGAGGCACUGAGUUUGAAGGUAGGCCUUGAAAUACAUCAACAGGUACAUCUCCAAUUGACUCAAAUGAUGUCAAUUAGCCUAUCAGAAGCUUCUAAAGCCAUGACAUCAUUUUCUGGAAUUUUCCAAGCUGUUUAAAGGCACAGUCAACUUAGUGUAUGUAAACUUCUGACCCACUGGAAUUGUGAUACAGUGAAUUAUAAGUGAAAUAAUCUUUCUGUAAAGAAUUGUUGGAAAAAUUACUUGUGUCAUGCACAAAAUAGAUGUCCUAACUGACUUGCCAAAACUAUAGUUUGUUAACAAGAAAUUUGGUAGUUGAAAAACGAGUUUUAAUGACUCCUACCUAAGUGUAUAUAAACUUCCGACUUCAACUGUAUAGCACAGAUAUGUUCAUUGUUAGCACUCGAUAUAAGCCAACCACAUGACUGGGACAGGAUUAUAUGAUAUGCUAAACAUAGCAAAUUAUUUCAGCCCUCAAAAUGCUUAACAUUUGAAGUUGGUGCUAUAGGACCUCUGCCUCUAAACCAGGGUGUGAGGGAAAUCUAGCGGACUCCCUGUCCCCAUGUGCAGUUUGAAAACCUUGAACAUGGACUUUUUACUCUCUCUAUGUUUCCCUUGUUUUCUUCUCCUUUCCUCAUUUCAUUGUGUUCUGCAUCAAACCCCCUACAUCCCUCAGAGCUGCGAGAAGGUUGGUGUGUUUUUACUUUUAUACAAAACUGAAACUAAAGAAACUCAUUUAUUGCAACCGUCAAAAAACACAAUUCUCAAGAAUACAAAUCAAAUCAAUUUUUCUCUCUCGUUUUGUUCUCUUCUUGGUUCAUUAUCAUUUAUAUUACCGAUAGCCUUGAAUUACUACUGUUGUUUCUGCUGCUCUGUUCAUCUUUUCCAUGAAGAAUGCCCUUGGUCUUGGCUACGAUGCUUGACUGUCCAAAAAGUGGUGCAUGUCGUGGGAGGAACUGUGCAUCUUUGGGGUGGUGGGAUAAUAUUUGCAUCUUCGUGGAGUAUUUGCAUGGUGACCUGUUUAUGCUCAAGCUAGAGAUCCCCCCCUCCCCUCUGCUGUCAGCCCCACCCCUACCCCUUACCCCUCGGUGUCCUUAGCUUGUCAGUGUUCCUGCUUGGUUACUCAGGGCAACGGCGUGACAAUGGCAGGCGGCACAAAAAAGCACAGCGCCAACAUGAGCCGCAGCACCGGAGCAGGAAGGGUGUCCUCCAUCACUACAGGCUCCUGGAAUGGAGCGCUGCCACGCUCUGCGGCCUGCCUAGCUAAGACUGGAUGCACAUUUUCCCUCUGUUGCUCUUCAUCAUAGUCUCAGAGAAAGACAUGUUUUGAAAGCUAUAAGCUAAAUUCCCCUUUGUUAUAAUCAGUGGCGAGGUUUAAAGCUCAGCUGUUAGCCUUGUGAGAUGAACGCUGCCUCUGCAAAGGAUUUUUCCUACAGAGGUGAUAAUGAAAGAAUGAUGUAUUUGGAGCAUUAGCUGCAAGACUUGACAAAUGUAAUGAUAUUCAAAUGAGUAUGAUAACAUUAUGUCUUGGGGGAGCGGGAUCCAAUUGGAUAUUAAUUAAAUAUGAAGCGAGUGAAAAGUUGUAUUUAAUAAUGCAAGGAGUUCUCUGAGAUUCCUUAUCUCUGGAGAGGCACAAUCUGCUUAGCAGAAUGUGCUGUAUUAAAUGUGAUGGUGGUUGAACACAUUAGCAAAUGCUACAUGUAGACGCAGGCUUGUAGCGUUAGCAAACAAUGCUAUUAGCAAACAAUGCUAUUUUAGCUAGCGCUCAGUUUUACAUCACAUCACGUUAAUGUAUAUUAAUGGCCACAUACUGCGGGAAAACCCAAUGGCUCUUGCCAUUACAUUAGUCAAGGCUCAUUUUUUGUGCCCCAUAUUGGAGAGCUUGUUUAAUUUUUAUUAAUAGUGAUUGGGACAGUGGGAGUGUUUCACCCUUUAUUAGUAUCACGAGGUUCACCGCCAAAGCACCAGAGUGAUUAAUCUUUCCAAGGCGCAUGGAAGAGCAAACAACAUUCCCCAAAUACUCCCACCAUUACGCCUCUGCGUAUCCAAGGAGAUCGGCCUAUUGGGACCUAUAUUCAUUCUGAGUACUAUAAGCAGUAACACUGACUUCAUUCCUUUAAUGUCAUUUCACCCUAGACAUUUUUUUUUUCAUCCCCAUUUUUUAAUUCUACCCCUGCCCCAGCCCCUGUCCCUUAAAUAUGCUUACCCUAUAUGGUGUGUUUGAAUCGUAUGUGGUUAACUAACUUAGUCAAACCUCAGAAAUCACAUUGUGAUUUGUGUUGAGUUGCUUCCGCCUCUCCCUGUCCUGUCCUGUCAUAAUGUAGCACUUCCCCUAAUCUGUCCAGUGACGCUGUGCAUUCGUCCUUCCCUGGCAACUCGAGCUUAAUAAUAGCCAGCCGUGUUUAUUUCCCAGUAACCCAACGCUGCCAGCCUAAAUCUUACCUCCCUCCAGCCAGCCUAACUCUAACCGCCCUCCCCAUGUUUGAUAUCUGUUUUUUGUAUGUCUGUGUUACUAUUUAUUUUCCCUCUCAAUCUCACCUUCCCAUUCCCAAACAUGGUUGCCUCUCUAAGCCAGCUAUGUGCUUGUGUGCAUGACAGAGAGCCCAUGCCCCCACGACAGGCUCCAGCCUUUUAUCUCAUAAUGGAUGCUGUUUACGUUUCUUUUCACUCUAUUUGUUUUUCGAUCGGUUUCAAAUUUGGAUAUGUUUUUUCUUGUUGUUUCUACUCGAACAUGGUUAUUUUGGAAUGUGUAUCCACUUUUUUGAUCUGAGAAGCAGAGUGGCACUCUAUUCCAUGUACCGUAGUUGGAUGUGUUCCCACAAUGGGCCGUAGUAUGUGUGAUGUGAGAAUGUGACACGGCACAUUUACCUCACAUCAACUGGAAGAAUGCAGCAUUGAAGUUGUUCUCUUGUACACUUCACUCUGGAAUGCUGUCGACCCUCCAGUUCCUCUUUGCUGUUCUCUUUAUAUCUGUAUGGAUGGUAUCAUUUGUGCAUGGUGUUUGUGUGAUCGUUAGUCUGUAGCUAGUCCCAUCAUUGAGCCAUGCUAGGCCUGGACCGACUUGUGUGUGAAACUGUCUUUUUUACUCUCCAUCCAACCAUCCCAAAAUAAAAUAUCAAUUUUUAAAUAUAUUACAAUAGAUAUAAAAGUUACUUUUCGGGAAAGUUUGAUUGUAAAUCAAAUGUUUUUGUUAUCCUUCUGUAACUUAUGAAUCUGUUUUUAUCUCGGCCGUUGAUGGAAACCUUGGCCUUGUGCGGCUUGUACGAGUUGUUACCGCUGCCUAUUUUAUUUUGCAGUACGCCGGGUGCCCCCGCGGUUCUCCAUCCCGCCCACGGAUAACGAGAUCAUGCCUGGAGGCAGUGUCAACAUCACCUGUGUGGCGGUGGGCUCCCCCAUGCCCUAUGUCAAAUGGAUGCUAGGAGCCGAAGACCUGACGCCCGAGGAUGAUAUGCCCAUUGGGCGAAACGUUUUGGAGCUCACUGACGUCCGCCAGUCAAACAACUAUACCUGCGUGGCCAUGUCCACUCUGGGGGUCAUCGAGGCGGUGGCGCAGAUCACGGUGAAAGGUAACGCACGUUUACUUCUUUCUGUCAUGUUUUAUUGGUCUCAGGAAGAGGGUUCCUAAAGCAUGGGAUGUGUUGACACCAGCCUUAGUGGAUUAGAUGCUAGAUUGAGAAUCAGUGGAAGGCUUAUCUCUCAACCAGGUGAGUUAAACGGCAGAGCUCUAUAUCCCUGUUGGUGGUGUGUGUGUGUGUGUACGUGUGUGUGUGUACGUGUGUGUGUGUGUGCGUGCGUGUAACAUGGUGGGUAUUGUUUGGUCUUCUCAGUAGGCAGGGUACUUAUCGGAGUGUAAUCAUCUCCUCUGAUGCAUACCAGGGAAAGAGAGAUUCCAGAUUGUCCUCCUCGUGUACACACAUACACCAACACACAGAAGUACACGCACACACACGGCUUUGUUUCUCCCAGACAUAACAGAGAGAUAUUAGUCACAAUAUAACCAAGGCUGCCAGGAACUUCCCCCAAUUGUACAAUUUAGAUGGCAUAUAAAGAGAAUGCAUCACCCUCAUAUCUUUCGACUCAUGUCACUGGUGUAGGUAUUAAAGCAAUAAAUUAACGCACUACAUUAUUUAAGAGAUACACAUUGGAAUUCUCUGGCUAACAGCAGAAAAAAGUAUGUAUUAUGUUGUACUUGGGAAGCUUCCAGGGCUUUUGGCCUUUAUCUGUUUAACAAUAGUUCAAAUAUAGUUAUAAUGCACUGAUGUGGCAAGGUAAAAAAUGUAUACACUGAGUGUACAAAACAUUAAGGACACCUUCCUAAUAUUGAGUUGCACUCCCCCCUUUUGCCCUCAGAACAGCCUCAAUUCGUCGGGGCAUAAUAGCAAGCUAGGACUGAUGGUUUGUUUAGCUAAACUAGCAAGUCUGUUUGUUUUGUUACCAUGGCAACUACUAUAGCUAUCUAGUGAACUUGCUAGCUACUUCCGUGGAUGUUGAACACAUUUCUACCAGCAAAUGAACGCAUUUCUAGUGGCAAAUGUGUUCAAUUAUAGUCAUGGUAUAAAAGGGAAGGUCGUGGAACACACCUUCCACGUCAUUCAUUAUUUUCCAUAGAACGCAUAGCCCCUCGUUGAUUAACCCUUACAUAUGUAUGUUAUCUGUUUGUUAUUCCAGCAUUGCCCAAGCCUCCCGGCAUUCCCGUGGUGACGGAGCGCACGGCCACCAGCAUCACGCUGACGUGGGACUCAGGCAAUCCUGAGCCUGUCUCCUACUACAUCAUCCAGCACAAGUCCAAGUUCUCAGAGGACACAUACAAGGAGAUCGACGGCGUGGCCACCACUCGCUACAGCGUGGGCGGCCUCAGUCCUUACUCGGACUAUGAGUUCCGGGUGGUGGCGGUGAACAACAUCGGGCGCGGGCCAUCCAGCGACAGCAUCGAGGCCAAGACGGCUGAGCAGGCCCCCAGCACAGCGCCCAGGCAGGUCAGGGGUCGUAUGCUCAGCACCACCACGGCCAUUAUCCACUGGGACGAACCAGAGGAGGCCAACGGGCAGAUUAUGGGCUACCGUGUGUACUACACCAUGGACUCUGCCCAGCAUGUUAACACGUGGGAGAAGCAGAUAGUGCGUGGAUCAAACUUCCUCACUAUUCAGGGCCUCAUACCCAACAAGACCUAUUACAUUAAGGUCCUGGCCUAUACGUCCGUGGGUGAUGGACCUCUCUCUGCAGAUCUCCAGAUCAUAGCCAAGACGGGAGGUAAGAUAUGUGUGUUGACAAUUAUGUUAACUCAUAUAUGAGUUAAGCUAUAAAUCCUUGUAGGAGAUGAAGCUCUGCAAUCUUUGAGUUAUGAGUAAACAAAGAAAUCAUCUAACUCUACAAGGGAGAGAGUAUCAAUGAGCUAAUUUGACAGCCAAGUGUCUUUCUGGGAAAGCUUCACUCACUCCGUCUUUUUAGUCAGAUAAAAGUAUCCUCGUUUUUGACCAGAGCUGUAAACACAUUUGAAAUCUCUUUUGGCUCUUGAGUGCCAAUCAAUUUCUAUUUCCAUUUUGCAUUCUGAAUGACAAAGAUCAUAGUUGAUUAAACAUUAUAAACUAGGUGGUUCGAGCCCUGAAUGCUGAUUGUCUGACAGCCGUGGUAUAUCAGACCAUAUACCACGGGUAUGACAAAACAUUUAUUUUUACUGCUCUAAUUACGUUGGUAACCAGUUUAUAAUAGCAAUAAGGCACCUCGGGGGUUUGUGGUAUAUUUCCAAUAUACCACGGCUAAGGGCUAUAUCCAGGCACUCCGUCUUGCGUCGUGCAUAAUAACAGCCCUUAGCUGUGCUAUAUUGGCCAUAUACCACACCCCCUUGGGCCUUAUUGCUUAAUUAUACAACGGGUGGUUUGGAAUUCCCAUUGUUAGAGCCUAUCCUGACCAUGAUAUAAUACACAGCAUACACAUGGCAGGGUACAUUCAUAAAACGUGCCAUCGUUUAAGUUGUUACCUAGCAACGCACUACUACUACUACUACUACUACUUUUACAGAUCCACUGUCUCAACUUAUAAACUUGAUCACUGUAAAAAGUAUCUAGACAUUAUCUGCGACAUUUGCAAUUCAGGCAGGCAGCUUUGCUCAGCCAGUCGAAAUCAUGAAUCCACCACAUAUUUAUUGAUGUAUACAAAGAAAAGUCAAUAGAGAAACAGGUAAAACAAAACGAAAUGCAGCUAGUUUGCAGUCUUUCCAGCUUCAGUAUGAAGUGAUUGUGUUAGCUGUGUAGUUGGCUAGUUAGCAAGGGGGGAUGAGCCUCCAUAGUAAACAUUUUUGUUUGCCAUAGCAACCUGCAAAGUUCUGGAAAUAUUAACCAGCGCUUGGGUAGUUUUGCUUUACAUGGCAGUCAAUACGAAUAAAACUAACGACCAGAGAAUGCUUAAAAUUGCACUUAACAACCAGUGUUAGUGAAUGUAGCAACACGUUUUGUUGAAAAACUGAUGGUUUGGGAAAUACUCUUGCUUUUUAAUGCCGGUAACCCAUUUUAUAAAAGCAGUCCAUGUGACAUUUUUAUCAUGACUGUGGUGGUCUAUCCUACUCAGUUUCGCCCCGUGGCUAUGACAACGUCCCAGCCAUGGUAAAAUAUUAAUAACACAUGGCCUCUCAUGUAUUAUUGCUUAAGUAUAAAAUCAGACUUGAGACCUUGAAUACUUCUUGAGAAUAAUUUAGACUGUCAAUCAAAUAUAUUUAAACUUGUUUUCCUCAAAAUAUUUUCUAAUCCAAUAUGAUGAAAUUGUGUCUGUUUAGAGAAAUAACAGUAAUAGCAUAGUAAUAACAGGUAGUUGCAAUCACAGGUAAUAGUAAUAAUGUAUUAAUAACAAGUUACUACUAAUGUUAUUAGUAGUAAGAAUAGCCACAGUAGUGCCAGCAGCAGCACUCGUCAAAUACAUUUUAGCAGCAAUAUGGUGGACGUUGCAAUGAGUAUCAUUGGUUUAGUGGACCAAAUGUGUAUUUGUAUUGCUUUCCCAGUCCCCUCUCAACCGACCGACUUCAAAGGGGAAGCCAAAUCCGAAACGAGCAUACUACUAUCGUGGAUAGCCCCAGCUCAGACCGGACAAGACAAUCAAAUCAUGGGAUAUGAACUUCUGUACAAGAAGGGGGAUGACAAGGAAGAGGUAAAUGGUUUCUCAGAUUCAAAAUACAGGUAUACCGUCCCAAAUGUAUCUUACGUCCAAUGGUACACCUUUUCUUGAAGUCCUGAACUGAUGACAUACCAUUUUCUCAACAGAAACGCAUCAGCUUUGAGCCUACCACCACGUACCUGCUGAAGGACUUGAAGCCCUUCACUACUUAUACUUUCCAGCUAGCCGCGCGCAGUAAGCACGGUAUCGGGGCCUACACCAAUGAGAUCUCCGCAGAAACCCCUCAAACACGUAGGUCCUCUUCCAUAUCUCAGCUCUGGCCAGACAGUUUACCACUGGAUGUGGAAACUCCUUGGAGAGAAAAUACAUUCUUACAUUUUCAAACGCAUCUACCUUUGCCAAUUUAGAAUUGCAUCCGCUAAUUCCAAUACCUUUUGCCAAAAACAGGUCAAUGACAUGAUAAAAAAUAAAUGUCAUCGAAAGAGGUGAAUGACUCUUGAUAAAAAUAAAUGUCAUCGAAAGAGGUGGAUGACCUUGAAAAUGGACUGGUUCUGCAGCGAUUGGAGCUGAAACUGAGUGUUUUGAUGUCUACCUGACAAUGCACCUAUUUGAUAUGGCUGCAUGGACAGUGUUCACCAGGGCUCUCCUGUGAAGUCAACAGACAAGGUUACACUACAUACAGAAUCUAGUCCUCUUCAACACCUUUGAUGUGCAAUACAUCCCAACCAAUAAUAGAGCUUUGAAUUAUUCAUUCAAAUGUAUAUUUCGUCUUUAUCCGACUGUCUGUUGUUUUUGAUUAACGGAAGGGCAUGUUAUCCCACUAUUGGAAGCCUUGUCUCUUGACUUUGCGUAUAAGCCACGUCAGAGUAUUUGCAUAUUGAGACUGAGCUUUCUAUGGAAAUAAAAUUCUGCCCAUUUUAUCUGGAGAUCAGAGGGGUUUUCCUUUCUCAGUAGCAUAAUUGGUGAUGCGAAGCCCUUAACAAAAAAAUUUAAAACAAACAAUUGGAUGGACUACAAAUUCCAAUAGAAAGCUCAAAAGCAAGUAGUAUCACUGAAGAUAGAGAAUUACCUUAUUACCACACAAUAAGACCUCCGGUUUAAUGAAAUGACAAAAGUAUUGACCAAUUUGUCAAGGCACCAAAUUGAAGCUAAGUACAAACAAGUAGUGUAUUGACUAUUAGAAAAUAGAACAUUACAUUUCAAAAACUGAUUUGAAUAAAAAUAUAUAUAUAUUUCAAAUAAACCGGAGGUCUGUGCAAGACAAAAAGGCAGAGAACAGGUAGGUAUUAAGUUCAAAAAGUCCAAACUCGAUGGGAGGUACCAAGAAAAGAUGUCUGCAUGCCAAUGUGUUGAGACUUUCAAAAGUCAGUCAUAUCUCCUUGGGAAGUUCUCUGUUGUACGAUCAGGCUUUUACCACAAACCAACAGGCUUCGGAAAGGUUGGUGACCAAUACAACUUUUUACACUUUGCUAGAGUUGAACCGUCAACCUUUAUGUUUUUGGAUUCGUGGUAACUGCUUGGCAAAUGUAUGAUAUUUGGUUGAAUUUAUUAGGAUUUUAUGUGAUCAAGUGAACUUUUACUGAGCAGUAAUUAAAAAGUUUAAAUUAAAUUUGGGCUUAGUCUCGGUUAUAAGCCGAAGAUAUGAAUCCCUAGAGUGAUAAUAGUUUUUAGGAAAUAAUAUGUAAUUUUUUAUUUACUAAGGUAGGUUACAUAUUGUGAAGGUGUCCUAUUAUCUCAUGACAACCCCAUCCAUACAUCCUCAGUGUGUGUGAUUUUAUGCAUUGAGUUUACCUUGUUUUAAAAAGUGUUAGUCUUUUGUCUUUGCCUUUUGUCACAUCUUGAUUGUGAAACCUCAUUGACUUUUGAUACCACUUCUUUGCAAACAUUGUUUCAGUGCUUCGUCCUCAUUUUGUAUCAUAUUUAUUUUCCCUUUCCCUUUUCUUUAUUGUUUGUUCAUUUCCAACACCAUCAACUCCACCCAAAAAAAACUUCAACCUACCUGUGAAACCCCUCCUCGAAACAAACAAAAUGAAACAAAACCCCUACUGAAAUGGUUGAUCCAAUCAAACAAAACCCUGCUCCUCCUCCAAUCCACUCCUCCUCCAAUCAGAGCCCUCAGCUCCACCUCAGGAUGUGAAGUGCUCUAGCCCCAGCUCCACCAAUAUCCUGGUAAGUUGGCGGCCGCCCCCUAUGGAGUUACAGAAUGGGAUCAUAACUAAGUAUGCCAUCCAAUACGCUGCCACUGAAGGGGAGGACACCACCACCCGAAAAAUAUCCGGCAUCCCUCCAGAAAGCUCCCAGUACCUCUUGGAAAACUUGGAAAAAUGGACGGAAUACCGUGUGACAGUGACUGCUCACACAGAUGUGGGUGAAGGACCUGAAAGUUUACCACAGCUCAUCCGCACCGAGGAGGAUGGUAUGUUUUUCCGAAGCCGCUGCCCCCGUUGCAAACCCAGUCUGCCCUCCAACCUCUAACCCCCUUCAGAUACUGUCUAACAGCAUCUACAGUCCCUUUGACCUAGCAUCCCUCUCUGCUUCUUCCUCCUGCUUCUAACAAAGCUGACAACACUCCUAACUCUCAUUAUGAUCCCACUUUUACUAACUUGGACUACUUCCGUGCAACUUUUUUUUUUAUUAAACCGAUUGCAACUAACUAUUUUUUAAAGCUCAUUUAACUUUUUGUCAGUAUUUUUUCUGCCUUUAUCCCCUAAUACUCAAUUUCAACAUUUGGUAUGGCAUUUUCUCCUGCAUCGAAGCACUUCAGGCCUUUGACUUCCAGUCCCAAACUGUCUUUUUUUUUUUUAUGUAUGAGAAAAAAACGUUUGAUUUUAACUUUUUUUUUAUGAAUUUGACUGAAUGCCAAGUUAUGGACAGUGGAAAGGGCACAAGUUGGAAGGUAUAUAUAUUUUUAAAUGGCCAAGAAUGACAAUAUUUCUUUUCACUUUUUCUUCACGCUUCAUAGCCAAAAUUCUUGCAGGGUGCUUCAAGCUUUUGAAGCAUCCCCUUUGGCUCCUAUUUUCAAUUUUAACAAACACAUUUUUAUUCCAUGUUUUUAAUCCACUACUCCCAUUUUUGAAUGUUUCAAGAUUAGGUCAAUUGUCAGACCUGUUUUUGGGGUUGUUUUUCUUUUCCCUUGCCAUUGUUGAAAUAUUGAUGUCAUACAGUGCUUGUUGCAGUAUGCUCCCCUUUUGUAGAUUUUUUCACCCCAGCAUUUUGCUCUUUGGAGUUGGCCAGAAAUUCACAGGGGAGAAGGGGUCCUCUAUAAUCUUGACCUUCUUUUUUUAUCCCAUGGUGUUCCUCCAGUUCCCAGCGGCCCGCCUCGUAAAGUCGAGGUGGAGACUGUCAACUCCACGUCAAUAAAAGUCAUCUGGCGCUCGCCGAUGCCCAUCAAGCAGCAUGGGCAGAUCCGAGGGUACCAGGUGCACUAUGUCAGGAUGGUUAAUGGGGAGCCCAUGGGACAGCCAGUCAUCAAGGACAUCUUGAUUGACGAUGCGCAGGUAAGCACCCUCCUCCGCCUUCCGCCCAAAACUCACAGGUUCUCUCACCUUGAGAAGUUCUCUGACACAAGGACAGUCCACAGAGCAUAAGAGUCACACAUGCCAGAGUGAAAAUACAUGGACAUGCUAUUAAGCAGUAGAAAAUGUUGUUAAAACCACACGUUUUCCCAUUAAAUCCUAAUGACACAAAUUAGUUGUUCUCAGGAUCUUUGAAACUGAGUCACCCAUUGAGUAAAUCUAUGAUAAGAUAGCUACACAUUCAUACAUUGGUGUGCAUGUCUAGGAAUAGACCUACACAGUAUGUGACUCACCCUCUGUUACUCUCAAUAUCUGGUGGAGACAAUCACACAAACUACAGUGCAUUCGGAAAGUAUUCAGACCCCUUGACUUUUUCCACGUUUUGUUACGUUACAGCCUUAUUCUUAAGUGAUUGAAUAAUUUGUUUUCCCCACAUCAACCUAACACAUAAUGACAAAGCAAAAACUGUUUUUUAGACAUUUUUGCAAACUUAGGAAAUAUCAUAUUUACAUAAGUAUUCAGAACAUUUACUCAGUACUUUGUUGAAGCACCUUUGGCAGCGAUUACAGCCUCGAGUCUUCUUGGGUAUGACUCUACAAAUUUGGCACACCUCUAUUUGGGGAGUUUCUCCCAUUCUUCUCGGCAUAUCCUCUCAAGCUCUGUCAGGUUGGAUGGGGAGCGUUGCUGCACAGCUAUUUUCAGGUCUUUCCAGAGAUGUUCGAUUGGGUUCAAGUCCGGGCUCUGGCUGGGCCACUCAAGGACAUUCAGAGACUUGUCCCGAAACCACUCCUGCAUUGUCUUGGCUGUGUGCUUAGGGUCAUUGUCCUGUUGGAAGGUGAACCUUCACCCCAGUCUGAGGUCCUGAGCGCUCUGGAGCAUGUUUUCAUCAAGGAUCUCUCUGUACUUUGCUCUGUUCAUCUUUCCCUCGAUCCUGACUAGUCUCCCAGUCCCUGCCGCUUAAAACAUCCCCACAGCAUGAUGCUGCCACCACCAUGCUUCACCGUAGGGAUGGUGCCAGGUUUCCUCCAGACAUGACGCUUGGCAUGCAGGCCAAAGAGUUCAAUCUUGGUUUCAUAAGAACAGAGAAUCUUGUUUCUCAUGGUCUGAGAGUCCUUUAGGUGCCUUUUGGCAAACUCCAAGGGGGCUGUCAUGUGCCUUUUACUGAGGAGUGGCUUCUGUCUGGCCACUCUACCAUAAAGGCCUGAUUGGUGGAGUGCUGCAGAGAUGGUUGUCCUUCUGGAAGGUUCUCCCAUCUCCACAGAGGAACUCUGAAGCUCUGUCACAGUGACCAUCGGGUUCUUGGUCACCUCCCUGAACAAGGCCCUUCUCUCCUGAUUGCUCAGUUUGGCCGGGCAGCCAGCCCUAGGAAGAGUCUUGUUGGUUCCAAACUUCUUCCAUUUAAGAAUGAUGGAGGCGACUGUGUUCUUGGGGACCUUCAAUGCUGCAGACAUUUUUUGGUACCGUUCCUCAGAUCUGUGUCUCGACACAAUCCUGUCUCGGAGCUCUACGGACAAUUCCUUCGACCUCAUGGCUUGAUUUUUGCUCUGACAUGCAUUGUCAACUGUGGGACCUUAUAUAGACAGGUGUGUGCCUUUCCAAAUCAUGUCCAAUCAAUUGAAUUUACCACAGGUGGACUCCAAUCGAGUUGUAGAAACAUCUCAAGGAUGAUCAAUGGAAACAGGAUGCACCUGAGCUCAAUUGUUUAUUUUAUUUUUUAUUUGCAAAAAUGUCUAAAAACCUGUUUUUGCUUUUUCAUUACGGUGUAUAAAAAUAAUUUGAUCCAUUUUAGAAUAAGGCUGUAACGUAACAAAGUGUGGAAAAUGGGAAGUGGUUUGAAUACUUUCCGAAUGCACUGGUGCUUUAAUUGAAAUGCGAUGGAUCACACAUCUGUAAAUGCAAUGGAACUGACAUAAUCAAUAACUUAUUGGUGGUCAGUGAAUGACAUCUCUUAGGGGUAAAAUCAUCCAUCAGUAUAUGUGUCUUGUCUGUCGCUUCUCCUCUAUCACUUUCUCUAUCAUCUACUCUCUCACUAGUGACCGGUGACUCUGUACUUAGCCGUUGUUUUGUUUUCGCUCUUAUUUCUCUCACAUCUUAAUCAGUGGGAAUAUGAUGAUUCAACUGAACAUGUGAGUAGAUACAGAGACCUGAUACAGUGUUAAUCCCGUUCCCCCUUCGUUGCCCUGCAUGCUCUGUGUUUCCUCUGUUCGUGACCUUCGCUUGGUUUUGACUGUAUUGAACCUCACAUAACCUCCUAACUGUUCUGAAUCCCACUAAGACAAAACGAGAAAACAUACACUAACUACUUGUUUUCUACUUGUAAAUUGAUAUGGAAUGGCUUGACUAACAGAAAUCCAUAGCCAACAUUACGAGGCUAUUCAUAAAUGCUUACCGGUGUUGAUUAUAAUAAACAAGCUUUUUGAAAGUGGACCAAGUUUCAAAAAGAUAAUACUGUAUGUUAUCAUUUGUACUGCACUACUUACACCCUCGCCUUUUCAAUGCAUGGAGUGACCUAUGCUGACACAUGUCCACCAGUCCAGAUUGUUUGCAUGGAGCGAAGGAUCGUAUGCAUUGAGCAAAGGAUGGUGGACUAUAUAGUGGCAGGACAGAUUUGUACCAACCAUGUUCAUUGCCAGGCAUUUACUAAUUAGUGAGCGAAUAUCUGUGAGAUAAUGUCCUCUGAAUUAAAUACAGCAUAAAUGCAUGCGCAAAAAUGUGACCCCCACCACUAAACAUUCCCGUAAAAAUGCACAAAUUGCAGCAAAAUCCCUAGAAAGAGUUCUAAAAAAUCCCUAUUCUUAUAAUCUACAGGAAAUGGUCAUCACAGACCUGCAGGCUGAGACCAUGUACUCAGUUGCUGUGGCAGCCUACACAACAAAGGGAGACGGAGCUCGCAGCAAGGUCAAGCUGAUCACCACCACUGGCGCAGGUAAGGGAACUGUCAUCACUGACAAAUCUCCCCCUGCCCCUCUGCUAAUGUACCCUGUGAUCAUCCAAAAAUGCAUUUGUGCUGUAGAGAGCUGUGAAAAUUGCACCCAGUGAAAGGAAGCAAAAUAAAUGCUAAUCGACCUUUCCCCCCAUGGCUAUUAAAAUGUGAAUGCAGCUAAUUGCCACCUCAAUUAUGACAACAAUUGUAAUUCCGCUCAGCCGCCGCUUUGACAUUGGAAUGCUCACUGGGGUUAAGGAACUAAUGGAGAAAUCAGUUGGGGAAAUCUGGGAAGAAAAAUACACCCAAAUUAAUGGCAGCCCGAUGUUCUGUUCAGCUCUCAUUGGUUUCUUAUGAGAGAGAUGCAUGACACAAUCCAAAUGGCAGUUCAGAAAUACUUUGUUGUGUGUGUGUGACAUAUAAUUGCGCUGUCGUCUAAUCUGUCUGUAAAGCCUUUCAAGCUCCACCUGCCUCCACCAGCGUACAGAGAUAGACGGCUAGUGUUUGUGUGUGUGUUGGGGGGGGAAAGGAGCCUUCACUCAGUAAAGGCUUAAGAGGAAUGCUAUAUUGGUUAGGUAUCAAAGCAAACAGCAUUCAUGCAAACAGGGUGUUAGCUAUCUACUGCUCCCUUGGUAGGUUAAGACUACUCAUGAAGUCAUAACAGCAUCAGACAAUGACAACCCUUUACGCUGUAAUGAGUGGGAAAGGAGAUCAGAUUUUUUCAUGCAUUAUGGGUUGGGUUGUUUUGGGAUGUCAUCAUACUCUCAUAAUUGUCAUAAUGUCUGUUGGAUAUUGCUUUUUAAAUGCUAUGGCAGUUUGAAGGGGUUCUUUGCAUGGUAUUUGUAUUAAAAAUAUAUAUUUUGUCACUGCUCUUCUCUUAGUACCUGAAAAACCACGACUCAUGGUCAGCCCCACCAACAUGGGCACUGCCCUCCUCCAAUGGCACCCCCCGUCUUUAACCCACGGCCCCCUGCAGGGCUACCGCCUCCGCUUCGGUCGCAAAGACGUCGACCCUCUGACCAUCAUUGAGUUCCCAGAGCGCGAGAACCACUACACCACCAAAGAGAUCCACAAGGGGGCAUCAUACACCUUCCGCCUGUCCGCCCGUAACAAGGUGGGCUUCGGCGAGGAGACGGUCAAAGAAAUCAGCACCCCUGAAGAUAUGCCUAGCGGCUUCCCACAAAGCAUUGCAGCCGUGGGCGGCACUACCACCACCAUUCAGGUGAGCUGGAAUCCCCUGUUACUGGCGGAGAGCAACGGCGUUAUCGUGAAGUACGCCCUGCAGUACAAGGACAUCAACAGCCCUCGGAGCCCCUCGGAACUCUUCAUCAUCGCCCCGGAGUCCACCGUCACCCUUGACGGCCUCAAGGCAGACACUACUUACGAUAUCAAAAUGUGUGCCUUCACCAGCAAAGGCUCCGGCCCCUAUAGCCCCAGUGUCCAGUUCAGGACACAGCCCUUGGAUCAAGGUAGGACCCCACCCCAAUUCAACCUCCCGCCCACCAAUCCAACUUCACCCCACCACCAACAGCAACCACCUCGUCAAGCCAGAGUGGCAGAAGAACAAACAGAUUAAUCCGAUCUCAGAAUUGUUUUAAAAUCAUCUGUAUGUAUACAUAGCCCUCCCUCCCCAUAAGAAAGAAAGAUAUCGUGAUCAGGUGGAGUAAGUAUAUGUGUCCCAUGUGUUGUCAGCCAAGCCAAAGGUGAGCCUGUAGGUUAAAGCUGCUUUUAAUAAAAAGGUAAGAUAAAAGUAAGCUAAGGUAAGAUGGGAGUACUGUAGCCCUGCUAAAACCACUCUAGUGCUGGUUUCAGACUGGUUGUAAAGGGAAACAUGGUCAGGUAAGAGGUUUGUUGCUCUGGAAUCCUUUAAAGAGGGUUGUGUUUGGUUCGUGUCUAAUUAAUCUGCUUCCCCUUUCUUUUAGCAGUGUUUGCAAAAAACUUUCAUGUGAAAGCUGCCAUGAAGACAUCCGUACUCCUCACCUGGGAGAUUCCAGACAACUAUAAUGCAGCUCAGCCCUUCACAGUAAGAACUUUUCGUAUUUCAAUCAACAAUGUUCGAGGACAGCAUUCCAGAAAAUAUUAAGUGACAUCAGCCAAAGAUAUAGUAGUGUUAUACCAUGGCAUUGUUGAAUACUCGUUUCUGAUUGUCUUGAAGGGCAUUCUAGAGUGUGCAUUAUUUCCCUAUAUAUGCAUUAUUUCCCGAAAGCAAAAGUUGAAUAAAAACAUUAUUGGCAUUGUUGAAUUUGAUUUUCAUAAUAGCAAGCUAUUGCUGAUUGGUUUGGUUAGCUAAACUAGCAAGUAUGUUUGUUUGUUACCAAGGCAACUACUGUAGCUACACUACAUGACCAAGUUGGUCCCCCCUUUGCUUCUAUAACAGCCUCCACUCUUCUGGGAAGGCUUUCCACUAGAUGUUGGAACAUUGCUGCGGGGACUUGCUUCCAUUCAGCCACAAGAGCAUUAGUGAGGUUGGGCACUGAUGUUGGGCAAAUCAUCCCAAAGGUGUUCGAUGGGGUUGAGGUCAGGGCUCUGUGCAGGCCAGUCAAGUUCUUCCACACUGAUCUCGACAAACCAUUUCUGUAUGGACCUCGCUUUGUGCACGGGGGCAUUGUCAUGCUGAAACAGGAAAGGGCCUUCCCCCAAACUGUUGCCACAAAGUUGGAAGGACAGAAUUGUCUACAAUGUAAUUGUAUGCUGUAGAGUUAAGAUUUCCCUUCACUGGAACUAAGGGGCCUAACCCGAACCAUGAAAAACUGCCCUAGACCAUUAUUCCUCUUCCACCAAACUUUACAAAUGGCACUAUGCAUUGGGGCUGUUGGCACUAUGCAGUUCUUCUGCUAACUUUGUUUCCAGAGGCAGUAUGGAACUCGGUAUUGCGUGUUGCAACCGAGGACAGACGCUUCAGUACUCGGCCCGUUCUGUGAGCUUGUGUGGCCUACCACUUCAUGGCUGAGCCGUUGUUGCUCCUAGACAUUUCCACUUCACAACAACAGCACUUACAGUUGACUGGGGCAGCUUUAGCAGGGCAGAUAUUUUAUGAACUGACUUGUUGGAAAGGUGGCAUUCUAUGACGGUGCCACGUUGAAAGUCACUGAGCUCUUCAGUAAGGUCAUUCUACUGCCAAUGUUUGUCUAUGGAGAUUGCAUAGCUGUGUGCUCGAUUUUAUACACCUGUCAGCAACGGGUGUGGCUGAAAUAGCCGAAUCCACUAAUUUUAAGGGGUGUCCACAUACUUUUGUAUAUAUAGUGUGUCUAGUAAACGUGCUAGCUACUUCAGUGGAUGUUGAACACAUUUCUACCUGCAAAUUAACGCAUGUCUAGCGGCAAAUGUGUUCAAUUAUAGCCAUGGUAUAAAAGGGAUAAUCAUCUCGGGGCUGUAUGUGUUCUCUGGAAAAUAUUCUAACUCCGUGGAAGGUUAGUUCAACUCCACUAGCAGGUCAUGGAACUCACCUUCCAUGUCGUUCAUUAUUUUCCAUAGAAUGCAUAGCCCUUCGUUGAUUAUCACUUACAAUACAGAUCCAGACUAAACAGACCUCAAGUGUCGAAUUAGUGCAUAUCCUCAACAUUCACACACUCUUUCCUUCCAUCGCACAUCCAGAUCCUUUAUGACGACGGCCAGAGCGUGGAGGUGGACGGCAAGCUCACUCAGAAGCUGAUCACUGGUCUGCAGCCCGAGACACAGUACUCCUUCCUGCUAACCAACCGGGGCAACAGCGCCGGCGGUCUCCAGCACCGCGUCUCCACCAUGACCGCCCCUGACAUCCUGCGCACCAAGCCCUACCUGAUCGGCAAGACCAACUUGGACGGCAAGGUCACUGUAGAGCUACCCUCAGUCCAGACUUCAGAGAAAGUCAGGUGAGUGGCGGGGAUUAAAACUAAUGCUAACACUAAUCGCUAAUUGCAGACUUGUACUUAUAGAGCUGACUAUUUAGCCUAAUUUGAUUUCACUUAAUUAAUGUGCCUCGGUGGCUGACCUAAUCCGUUUAUUUACCUUCAGCUCAUCUUUCGGUUCAAUUAUAUCAGCAUGAUACCAUUAAAGCUUCUUUCUCCUUAUUGCUCAAUGUCACUCACGUUGCUAUUAUAUUAUCUGCAUAGUUGCACUUAAUAACUGAAAGGGACAAGAUUUUACACAGAUUUCUCACCACUUUUUGUUUGUUGGAUAGUGUUUGAAAGGUCAGAACAUCAGCACUGAACAUCAUUGCUUUCUUUAGAAUUGAACCCUGUAUUUUACAUUAAUUGCAUUGUAUCAAGCCUGUUCCUCUUGUUCUCUCUUCCUCAACACAGAGAGGAUGACACCAUGAACUCUCCCAUCCAAGUUAUCCCACUCCCCAGUAUUAGGUCUUGUAAUGUCUCUCCCUGCCAUUCCAACUAAGCCCUGGGUUGUCAAAAGGCCAACACGCAGAUCCAAUUGUAGACUGGCAUUUCAAACCCAUUUCGGGUUUUGAUCUUGCUGGAUGCGCUCGGGCCCACUCUCCCCCGUGCCAGAGCUUAAGCUAAUUAGCUUCCCAUUAGCCUGCCACACUGCCUUCCUGGCUAACGCUAGCUAGCACUGUGCCCAGCCAGGAGAAGCCCUCAAAAAAGUCUGGCAGAGGCUAUUAUCUUCCUUGCCGCCCAAUGGAGGGAUGAAAAUCCCUCUAAUUCCAGCUCCUCUUCUCUCCCUCGCGAAGGGCUGCUAAUUAGCCCACGGCGUCCUCAGCGAGGUGUGACAGUGUGCCCGACUUUUCUGAUCAUGCUUCAACUAAAAGACAAACAUGGAAGAAAACCAACUCUUAAUGUAAUGAUAGCGGGCUAGAGUAACUUGUUAAUGGCGCGAUCAUUUGUCGUCUUUGUCUGUUGUCCUCAACACCCCCUACCCUGUUACACCUACAGGAUUAGUGCGAAGACCUCAACAUAAAGACUUGUUAUGGUGCCCAUGGAGACUAAACAUUGUUGUGUCUGAAGCGGAAAUCUUUGAUCUUGGUUUGUUUAGUCGAGGCUCAGCAUGUGACCAUAUAAAAAUUGUGCAUCGUAAACAUAUUCUGGAGUGAACUGACAAUGACCUUGAAAAGUGUUGUUUUCUUUCUUUCCCUCUCAUUUCCAGGGGAUACUACAUAGUGGUGGUGCCUCUGAAGAAACAGCGCACAGGAAAGUUCCUCAAACCCUGGGACAGUCCAGAUGAGAUGAACCUAGAAGAGGUAGGUACCACAAAAGAGUCCAAGAAAUAAAUACAAAUUCCAAAAAGUCCUUAUUAGACAUUACCAUUCAAUUCCUGUUGUGGAUUCUCAAUACUGACUGAAUUACAAUGGAAUUGUCUUCAGCCCAAAUCCAGUAGAGACUGCCUAGGUCUCAUCACUCUCUCAAGUCUUACUUAAAAUGAAAGGUGGUAGGAAGAACUCGGCACUUAACUCUGCAGAUAGGAGAGGAUGGGGGUGGGGAAAACUGGGGACAGGGCUCGUUGAUUGAUGCAAAUAGCUGCAGAGAGCAUUAUUCAUAUGGAAAUGAGGUAGAACAUGGAGUAGUCAUCAAGUGCACUGCAACUCAACCCCCCCUUUCCCACCCCUCUCUCCCUCUCAACUGAAAUUACCCGAAGAGCUGCAUCAGGCCUGUGUGUCUGUCCUUAUUCAAGGGAAAGGUAUCACACUGGUUAUGCACAAAAGUACUUGACAACAUUUAUAUUUAGCCGGUCUAGGUAUUUGAGAAGCUUUCAUGCACUGUGUAUGCUCAGGUACAGUAGUGGAGAAAGCUUACGUAAGGAUUUUGCAGUCAAACCGUAAAGUGUGCAUGCUCUUUGUGAUGCGUCAAUCGCAUAUAAACAAUCUCUCAGCUAUGUUAACGACCCUCAUCACAUCACACACUCACCUGCCUAACACAUGUGAAACAUUCCUAACACUCAUAAGAUACUAUGGAUGGCAGUAAGUGGGUCUCCAGAUAGCGCUUCCAGAAGUGUCUUUGAAUUCCCUCUAUCCAGGACAUACUGCUGUACAAUUAAAAUGCUCUUUCAAAAGCACGAUUCAGAAAUCCAGUAUCUGCAAUUGAUCGAAACCCAACAUAAUUGUGAACAGAAUGGUUUUAGCACCUUUUGCAUCACUAGACUUUUGGUGUAAGUAGAUAUGAGAUGGCUUAGGUAUAGAUUCAAAUGCAUUAAAUACUUUACUUUUCAUUGUGAGUAGGUACUUAUUAGGAUGAUUUAUUCCUAUUACGGUAAAUAGAGCAAGCAAAGACAUAAUAUGAGCAUUACUUUUUCUCUGACGAGAACCAUGCUGUUGUCUCGCUGAGUCUCAUCUGCCGAUUUUGGCUGUGUGCACAGGCCCAUGUGUCACGCCUUGAACGAAUACCCAAAAGUCGCCCCCUCCCGUCAGAAUUGAUUUGUUUGUCAAUAUCGGGCUCUCACCUUUUCCCAACUUUUCCCAAGGGCGGCUGGAUUUAGCCGUGUUGACAUGAGAAAUGAUUGAAGACAUUAUCGGACAGUGCCACCGGCCCUUGUGCCAAAGCCAGUGCAGACAAUUGACAGGCGCACACACACUCCAGAGAGAGAGAGAUAUGGAGUUCUGACUGAGUAGCAGGAUUGGCUCACGUUGAUACGAUGUCUAAAACCAGAUAAAUCAAGCAGACAUGAAACCAAUAGAUGUUUCACACCAUUACAUACAUUCACUUAAUCACUUAUUUAUGUCAGUUUUCAUUGGGCAUGAAUCAGUGUUAUCUUGUAACCUAUAGCAAUAACACUUGAGCAUAGAACUGCAUACCAUUACACUUUCCCAUAAGAGCAAGCCAAGUUCUGCCUUUUUUGUGCGGAAGCAAUCACAUUCCCAUUGUAAAAGUGUGACCUAAUUCACAUUCUGACCAGGUUGCCCGGUGUUGCUAGUGGGUAAAUAAUGGUUGGUCGUCCUAUUAGUGCAGUGCAACAAUGCAAUUUGAGACAUGUGGGGGAGGAGGGAGCGGAGAGGGGGCUAGCCUGGUGUUAAUAUGAUGAAGCAGCAUUUUUCUGUUAUGAUACAAUCCAGUCGUCUUGGGGACUCACCCCCAUCUUUUGAUUUGAAUGUUACGUAAGGCUCCUGGCCACUUACAAAAUGAGAGUGGUGGUGGUGUGUGUGUGUGUGUGUGUGUGUGUAUGUGCUGCUCUAAAGCUCUGGCCCCCAUUCCAUCUCGCUGUCUUUUCCUGCACUCAAGUCCUCUACUAUUUCCAAUAGCUGUUAGUGUCAUGAUUCCUCUGUUGACGCAGAUAUAAUAAUGACGAUUUUUUAUCUGUGGUUCCUGUCGUUUUCUGUCUAAGUGCUGCAGCGAUUCCUUCUGUGUGACCAAAAUUGUCGGUUUUAGGAACAAACUAAAUGAAUCGACAAUAAACUGAGAACGGGAUACAUCUCUCUGAAUAUAAAUAUAUCUAAACACAUUUCUAUAUUGUAUGAAGGGUGAAAAUGUGCUAUCGAGCAGAGCCAGUUGUUACUGUCUGUGUAGGGGACUCAGUUGAGCGGAUCUCUGUGUGUGUGUGUUGCUAUUCUUCCCCAGGACCACGAUCUGCUCAACAUCUUUUAGGAGUCUGGAAUUCUGGCUGUAAAUUUUCAAUCAUUUGUUCUGAUCCCGACUGGAAUUCUGACCCUCCCAUAAGCUUUACAUUAGCAUGGGUGUAUUUCUUGGCCAGUUAGUUCACCCAAAUUACAAUGACAUUGGUUUCCUUACCCUGUAGGCCAGUCUAUGGACAAGGUAUGACAACAACAUGCUUUGGUUUGGUUUCCCUUGCACUAUUGUCACAUGGUAGCGUUUUGGCAUUUGUGGCACAAAUCUCAUUCAAGUCAUUUGACCGAUAUUGGCAUUUGUCGCGCAUUAGUAUGAAAAAUGUAUGCAUUCACUAACUGUAAGUCGCUCUGGAUAAGAGCGUCUGCUAAAUGACUAAAACGUAAAAUGUAACAUGUUCAAAUCAAUUUGAGAUACAUUUAGACAUGAUGUAGUCCCCUGUAGCUCAGUUGGUAGAGCAUGGCGCUUGCAAUGCCAGGGUUGUGGGUUCGUUUCCCACGGGGGGCCAGUAUGAAAAUGUAUGCACUCACUAACUGUAAGUCGCUCUGGAUAAGAGCGUCUGCUAAAUGACUAAAAUGUAAAUGUAAAUUACCCAUGCCGAGCAAGCAACAGAACACCAUUGCAUUGUUGUUUAAGUGAUACCUUAAGGCCAGGGGUAGGCAACCCUGUUCCUGGGUGCCGCAGGUACUGCAGGAUUUUGUUCCAACUAAGCACCACACCAGACCAAGCUAAUUGAUCAGUUAAGUGAUUGCCUAAAUUCAACACACCUGGUCGGUUAAAUCAUAAACAAAGGACCAGGGUUGCCUAACCCUUUUUUAGGGACUUGGUACUUACACUACAGUUGGUGCUCUCAGCACUUUCAAUGAGUAACCCCACCUAGCGACCCCCAUUGUUUAGCAUGCCACAGGGUAUUUGCUAAUUUACAUUUUAAAUAAGUGUAUUCCAAUGACUACAAGCCGUCAUGCAAUCGUGAUGGUUCUGGUGUCUGAGGAAUAUAUCAAUGUAAUAUAUCCCUACCCUAAGUUCAGUCAGUUUAACACAUAUUUGCCUCUCUUUCCUUCUAAAGGUUAUGCAAUGCUUUAGCACUUUAUCACUCGUUGUCCUCUUUGCAUCGUCAAUGGAGCCAAAAAUAAAAAUGUGUUGUGACAUCAGGGCCAAGGAUUUCGCCCUGAGCCAGUCAGGAACAUAAUAUACACACAUGCAUGCACGUACACACAUGUACACACACACCCGUACACACACACACACACAAACACACACACACAGAAACAGCAGAGCCACUGGAACGUCAAAACAUUGACCUCUUUCUCAAAAUCCUUUUGAAAUGUUUGACAGUAUUCAUUAUUAUUCUAGAAUCUCAUUUAGGUAAAUCCACACAUCUCGAAAUCCUUGCCGUGUAAAACAAAUGAAAUCCAAAUGGUAAUAUUUCCUCUUCCGUUGCAAUCAGUAGUUUGAGCUUUUGUAAUCAGGAGGGAUGUAACACAGAUUUGAUGUGUGUGUGUGUGUUUGUGUGUGUGUCUGUGCGUGUGUGCCUGUGUGUGUGUCUGUGUGUGUGUGUGCGACUGCAAAACGACUAUCUUUGUUUCUUUUUAUCGACUGUCUGCAUUGUUUCUACUCUUCACUUUUAGCUGCUGAAAGAGAUUAACCGAACAAGUCGAGGCCUUCGCUUCCGGAGGCAAGCUGAGCCCAAAGCCUACAUCGCUGCCUACUUCAAAGACCUUCCCACCGACUUCACUCUGGGAGACACCAAGAUCUAUGGUGACUUUGAAAACAAGCAGCUCGCCAAUGGCCAAGAGUACAUCUUCUUUGUGCUUGCUGUCCUCGAGAUCUCAGAAAAUGUAAGUAUAUGCCUUUUAUACAAAAAUUCUUAGAAACCUCUUCUCUCUCUCUCUCUCUCUCUCUCUCUCUCUCUCUCUCUCUCUCUCUCUCUCUCUCUCUCUCUCUCUCUCUCUCUCUUUCUCCAUUUGUUUCUCCUUCUCUUCUCUUAGACACCCCACUCCAUAAAGGAAUUAGUUCAAACAGGUACUACAGUCGGCCCUCUGGCGAUUUCCUUUGCCAGGGAUCUUUCGCCUUCAUGCUUAAAGUUGCAUGUUAAACGUCAAAGACCCAAAUCCACUGUGUCUUGGCAGGGGGCACCUCCCUUGGAUGGAUGCGUUACGUCGAGUCCUUUUGAGCCCUGGUCUCUGAAAAAGGGCUACGGCGAGAAUGGAGUCUGCUACUGCAGAGGGGAAAUUCCCCAGAGGCUCCUGCCAAUCGCAGGAAUAUCUCUAUAACGAGACUCCUCUUUAAUUGCGCGCCUACGGGCGAACGCCUUUAUCUCCUCCGCUGCAGCUAGUGUGUGUGUAUGUGUGUGUCAAAGGAGAAAGGGGCAUGAUUAGCUGACUAAACGCGGAAGAAUGAUGGAUUUGAUGAGCUGGGAGGUUUUAAGGCAGUCAGUCCUGACUACAGGUAAAGGAGGAUGAUAACAGUGGGUUCGCGGACAAAAUGGGGGGGAAUCUCCAAUUUGCCCACCACAGCACUGAUUGGCUUUUUCUUUGCCCCAAAGCCCCAGUCUUUAUUUUGUUCCCCUCAGAAUGGUGUGAAGGAACUCAAUCAGGGCACAAAUGAGAGAUAUUACAGAUACAGUAUUACCACAUGCCCAUAUCGUUUGGAGAGUUGAAUUCAUUAAUUAGCAUUGACACAAUAACUUUGAAUGGGCUAAUCAUGGCCUAGACGUCACAUACAGGUUGUCCCGAUGUCUUUGUGAAAGUCAGACUGACCGAAUCUACGUGUUCUAAAACUUGGAAACUUUUGAACUUGGAAACUUUCAGUGGCCUCACAGAAGGGCUGAGUUCUAUUGAUUGGAGCUCCACUUUGAGGGUUGAUAGAGAUGUGAGAGAGUGCAGGUUGUUUUUCUAGGCAGCCACACAGUCAAGAGUAAGAGAUCAUUUUAUGUUGAGGAACGAUAAGGAACAUAGUCUGGGAUCACAAAAUGUUGUUUUCAAAGUCAUGGGAGGCAGAGGAAUAGUGGCUAUUGGAGUCAGCCAAAAGUAUUUCCUAUCCUAGUCUGGGUACCUUGGGUAACUACAUUGUGGUGGUAAAAUAAUUUCCCAAGUCUGUACUUUACUCUACUGUGCUGUACUCUACCUACAUGUGGUUACUAGCCUAUUAUUUAAAUGUAUUUUGUAAUAAUUAUCCCACUAGUAUUUACACUUGUGGUAUAAUGCCUCUGUCAUGUAAUGUGUAGCCUGAGAGCCUCAACAAAAUAACAGUGUGAUGACUAAUACCACUACCCUUCCUCUCCUUCCCAGACCAUGUAUGCCACCAGCCCCUACUCUGACCCUCUUGUGUCAGCUGACCUCGACCCCCAGCCAAUCAUUGACGAGGAGGAGGGACUUAUCUGGGUGGUGGGCCCAGUGCUCGCUGUCGUCUUCAUCAUAUGCAUCGUCAUCGCCAUCCUCCUGUACAAGAGGUAAGCCCUGUGUAGCCCCGUGUAGCUCAGUUGGUAGAGCAUGGCGUUUGCAACGCCAGGGUUGUGGGUUCGUUUCCCACGGGGGGCCAGUAUGAAAAUGUAUGCACUCACUAACUGUAAGUCGCUCUGGAUAAGAGCGUCUUCUAAAUUACUAAAAUGUAAAAUGUAAGGACUGGAGAAAGAGAAACACACACACACACAAGAAGGUGAGAUAGAGAGAGACACAUUAAGUACAUGCAAAUACACUGUCACACACAGUCUACAUAUCAGAAGGAUACACGCACAGGCGCACAGGCGCACACACACACACAUAUACACAAGCACUCUCAAUCACACACACAGCGGAAGCUGGCCGUUCGCCGUCACCGCUCAUCAGUCAAGCGUAGGAGGAGAGUGCUCAGAGUAUUUGCUCUGUGUCAGUGCAUGUGAAUGCUGCUUUAGAACAGGCCCUCAGGCCACCUCUGAAGUCAACCCCCACCCCCCCCCCACCCGACACACACACACAAGAGAACUGCGCUCCAGGCUUGCUUAGUGACCCCCUGUUGCCCUGGUGUAUCACAAGGACACAUUUCUCUCUAUCCUUGCUUCUCCCUCUUUUAGUUUCCACCUUGAUUGAAUACUGCUUUUGGCCACAUGGAGCAGUCUCCAUAGCAUCCACACUGAAUGACACUGUAGAGUGUAUUAACACAUUACUGAGAGAAUCAGUCUUGAGAGAAGACUUUGGUAAGCCUGGGCUUAUAAUUAGUCUAUCAAUAGGUAUGUUGUCCACUCAACACCACGCAAGAACAUGUGAAGUAUCUCUGAAUGCAUAGGUAUUCAUUAAAUAUACCAACAUCAAUCCAACAUAAAAAAUACCAAUACCAAUCCAAUAUCAUUGAGUCUUAUGGCUAUUUACCUUCAAUUGUUAGGCGUGUGUGACUAUUUGGUUGUCCCUGGGCUUCCAUGUUGGUCGGGAAAUGUCAGGGGCACCAGAGAGGAGCAUUGAACUAACUGUCGGGCAUGGAAUAGUCCCCUGUAGCUCAGUUGGUAGAGCAUGGCGCUUGCAACGCCAGGGUUGUGGGUUUGUUUCCCACGGGGGGCCAGUAUGAAAAUGUAUGCACUCACUAACUUUAAGUCGCUCUGGAUAAGAGCGUCUGCCAAAUGACUAAAAUGAGAAAAAAAAAGUGAUUUAAUGUAGAGAGGAGGCCUUCUCUGGUUUCUGUUUGUGCCACGGCAGAUUUACACAACAAUUACCAAGUCAAUGUCACCAGUGUGUCAGGACUUUCCGGUCCAUAACCAGGAGAUAUAUCACUUGUCAAGAUCAAUGUGAUAGAAUUGGUGCUCCGUGUGAAGAGCAAAUGACAACAUUACUGUGUGGGUUGCGGCAGGGGAAAGGACGAGUUAAUAGCAACACAGCAUCACUGAUGAACUGUAUAAAUCAGUCACAGCAAGAUGCACACCUACAUGCACACUCGGAUACAGAUCAUAUAUAUUUUUAUGUUAAUCUAAGCUGAAAGUCAUGGUUCCCUGUGUUCCAGAACACAAAACAGAUCACAACAAACAUAAGUGGCUUUUGUUACGACGGUAAGGGGAAAGGCCAUAUAAACUGAAAUGAUAUUAUCUAGUUUCUUCAAUAUUUCAUGCAGGCACAUUAUUUGUAUUGCCCUCAAAAUUGUCAAAGACUCCAGUCACCCUAGUCAUAGACUGUUCUCUCUGCUACCGCACGGCAAGCGGUACCGGAGUGCCAAGUCUAGGUCCAAAAGACUUCUCAACAGCUUCUACCCCCAAGCCAUAAGACUCCUGAACAGCUAAUCAUGGCUACCCGGACUAUUUGCACUGCCCCCCCACCCCAUCCUUUUUACGCUGCUGCUACUCUGUUAAGUAUUUAUGCAUAGUCACUUUAACUCUACCCACAUGUACAUAUUACCUCAACUACCUCAACUAGCCGGUGCCCCCGCACAUUGACUAUGCAACGGUACCCCCCUGUAUAUAUAGCCUCCCUACUGUCACUUUAUUCUAUUGUAUAUAUAGCCUCCCUACUGUCACUUUAUUUUUUACUUCUGCUCUUUUUUUCUCAACACUUUUUUGUUGUUGUUUUAUUCUUACUUUUUUGUUUAAAAUAAAUGCACUGUUGGUUAAGGGCUGUAAGUAAGCAUUUCACUGUAAUGUCUGCACCUGUUGUAUUCGGCGCAUGUGACCAAUAAAAUUUGAUUUGAUUUGAUUUGAUGUGUUGUUGCCUUGAUACAGGUAUUCUUCAGCAUUGAAACAAACACACAGAGCCCUUCCAUGCUGGAGUGACAAUCAAUCCAUCCCCUCAAAAAAGUAUCCAAAAAAAAUGAGAUAGAUCUUUGGAUUGCACCUGGGAUGAAAUUAUAGUAUUUUUAAACAACAAUUAACCGAAGCGGCAUAAUUGAGCGUGGGUUCGGUAGCAAAGCGACACUAAUCUCGCACACCAUCCAACAUUGAGAUACGAUUGUUCUUUUUUGUAGUUAGACACAUAUAUUUCCGCUUGGUCAACAGGAAAUAGUACAUUACAGUAUAAAAUAUGAACGGCAGACUUCAACUUCAGCCAUGGGGCGUGAUACUGAUUAUUCAGUCAUCAUAGCGACGGGUCAUGUUGUCGUGCCAGCUAACGUCCUGUCAUGCUUUCUUUUCCUUGCUUACGAAUGGAGCAGCAAACCAGACAGGUAAGAGUGAAAGGAUGUGAGAUGCUGACAAUACCACAACAACCCCAACCUCAACCCUUUAGUAUCCCUUUGAGGACAUUUCCUACAUUCUAGCUUGUUGGACAGAGUUCAAUCAUUGCAGAAAGCGGGUUUCCGCUUCUGUGCAAAUCCAACGCACUUUCAAAAGUCAGCUGUUUGCAUUGAUUGAAUUCAGACCCAAGUGCCAAAUUAUUGUAUUUGAAUUGACACUAUAUAUUUGAUCAGCCAGGACAGUUCAUCGUCAAGAUUUUAAGUGAGCUUUCAUUUCUUUCGUUACUCUCACCCUACAUUACAUUAAAACAUCAAUACAUUUGAUAUUAUUCCUAUUUGACAAGAACCUACCUUGUGAUUAGAGUUGACACUGUAAUGUCCUCAUCUUGAUAUUCACCAACAUGUAUGACUGUCCUGUCUGUCUCAAUACAAAGGGUCAAUUUCUUGAUGAACACAACCGCUACAAUUCCCUAUUUCUUAGAUUCCAAUUGAAUUUCAUGUCUCACCGUUUGUCCGCAAGAGACAACUUACUUGCCUGCCUAGAACAGACCUGCAUGCAUUACAAUGCCUAGACUGUACCCCCUCACUUUCUCCUUAAUUCUCAAAAUGCAUGAACAUUGAAUGUCAAUAAUAUAUCACAAAUAGAUAUAUUUCUUCAACAGUAUGACAUCAUAGCCAAAUGUACUCACUGGCCAGGAAAGCACUAUACCAUACCGGUACUUUAACAGCAUUUUCCCAGCUUUCCCCACACAACUACUCCCCAAUCAUUGCAUUUCAUUUUUUAUUCAGCUUUCAAAUUUGAUUAAUCAUGUGUUUUUAUCAGAUGAGCCCUUGCAUCACUAGAUGGCUAUUACGUUGUAGGUUCUGGUUAAGGUAGAUUUACCACACUCUCACAAUGUUAGACAUAGACUCUAUGUGUUCAGAUGUACCCAUUCUAUCAUUUUCAGCCUUUUUCCGCCACCAAAUUUAGCUAAUCGUAUGGAGGCAUGAUUCAUUCUGUAUGGUCCCGUCUGUGUGUGGUAGAUGACCUCAGAUGGCGGUAUCGACCUCGCACGACCCAUUUCAUCCUUUGUUGUUGCUCCUGACCAAUACACCAUUGAUCCCCCAAGGCUGUUUACACAAACCUCAUUGCUUCCCAUAUAAUGCAAUGGUCAGUCAUUUUUUACUUAGCCCUGACGAGGAGAGGUUGGAGGUCAGAAGUCAAAAGAUGAUUAACUAUUUAAAAGGUCACUUGUACCCCAAACACUUCUUGUUACACAGAUCAAAAUCUUUGGGCAGAUCCCUUUGUCAAAGCUCUUUGAUAAUGAUUGCAAGUGGUAAAAAUAUUAUAUCCCCUAUAUAAAUGGAUUAUAGCUCAUUGAUGAAAUAUCCAUCUUCCGUGUUGGUUAAUCUCAGGUCUGAAUACUUAUGGCACCUCCAUAUCUUCUUAUAAGCAUGAUAUGGAAUUAUUUAGACUCCAUUCCUGAUGUCGGAAUGAAUUAAAGAUGCACUAAAGUUAAUCACCGGGCUUUAACUUUAUGCCUCUAGAAUUGUUAAUCUGAUAAGCAUUAAUGAACAUUAAGAUAUAUGUCCCACUAAGAGUAGCAUUCUUCCCCAUGUAUUCUAAACAUAACACAAUCUGGAUUAAAGGAGGACACGAACUAUCCUGGAACAUAUCGGAUGUAAUUAAUCAUUAAGACAUUAUAUUGUGUAUGUAAAAUGCAUACAUUUUAUUAUAUUGUCAUUUAAUGUAAGGGAAUAUCUUCAACAGGGAAGGAAAAUGCACCAAAUAAACGAUAUAAUAAUAUAUAUUGAUGUUUUACAUGUUUUUUCCCCACAGGAAAAGGGCAGAAUCCGAAGC